AUGUCAGGGGAGUCCUCAAAUUCGGCAUCACCAAAGGAAAUUGGAGCAACCUCCGUUCACUGUCCGAUGUUCACAGCUACAAAUUACACAGUUUGGGCGAUGAGGAUGAAGGUUGUUCUAAUAAUUCACAAAGCAUGGACUGUGAUCAAUCCAGGAACAAAGAAGAAUGAAGAGAAAGAUUACCUGGCGAUGGGGCUAUUUUAUCAUGCGAUCCCGGAGACUUUGAUUAUGCAAAUCGGAGAUGUGGAGUCCUUAAAGGUGUUGUGGGACGUAAUCAAAGCCAGACACGUGGGUGAUGACUGCGUGAAGGAGGUUAGGUUACAAACCUUGAUGGCAGAAUUCGACGGAUCAAAGAUGUACGACUCAGAAUCGAUUGACGAUUUUACUGGGAGAUUGUCCGGAUUAGCCUCAAAAUCGGCAUCCCUAGGAGAAGUAAUUGAUGAGACAAAGCUUGUGAAGAAGUUUCUUAAAUCAUUACCGAGAGCGAAGUUCAUCCACAUAGUUGCUUCUUUGGAACAAGUCUUGGAUCUCAAAUCGGUUGGAUUUAAAGAUGUUGUGGGAAGGCUUAAAGCUUAUGAAGAAAGGAUUAGAGAGGAGGGUGAUGACGGAGGAGAAGAACCAAAGGUUUUGUGGUCAUCGAGCAGUGGCGGCACUGGUUCAGUUGGUGGAGAUGGCUUAUUUGGUGGAGCAAAGGAAAGAUCGACAAAGGGAAAAGGGGUGUCGACUGGUAAUCAUGGAUUUGGUGGGUUAUUUGGGUCAGACGGGCCUAAAGGGAAUAAUAGGGUUUCUCAAAGUAAUCGGCCCAAUAAACAAUUCAAUUCUGAUUUAAUUCAACCCAUUUCCAACAAUUGCAAAAAAUGUAAUUGUUGUUGUGGCAAAAAUCGGAAAAAUAAGGAAAAAGACCGAUCUAAGGUGAUUUGUUUUCGGUGUGACAAACCGGGUCACUUUGCCUCUGAAUGUCCGGAACGACUCCAAAAAUUACAAGAAGAUGAUUUUUUGGAACGUGACGACAACAACGUGUUCGUAUUUUAA